AUGACCCUGGCAACCACCAGCUGCGUCCUGCCAGAGUACAGCCUGAGAGAACCCGGUGAAGGGUAUGAGAGGGGAGGUGCUGCACUGCUGGGAGUUGUGGUGAGGGGGGGGGGCAGCGCGAUCAUUGAGGAUGAUUUCAUUGGUCUCGGUGAGCUCCCGGAAACCUUCCCAUCUGACCCUCCGGAGCCGCUGCCCGUGUUUCUGAUGGAACCGGAUGAGGCCUACAUAGUCAAGAACAAACCGGUUAACUUGUACUGCAAAGCCACACCCGCUACCCAGAUCUACUUCAAGUGCAACAGCGAGUGGGUUCACCAGAAGGAGCACACCGUGGAGGAGAGAGUGGACGAGAACUCCGGCCUGGUUGUGAGAGAGGCCAGCAUAGAGAUCACUCGACAGCAGGUGGAGGAGCUGUUUGGGCCAGAGGACUUCUGGUGUCAGUGUGUGGCCUGGAGUUCUGCUGGGACUACCAAGAGUCGCAAAGCCCAUGUCCGCAUCGCCUAUUUGAGGAAGACUUUUGACCAGGAACCUCUUGGGAAGGAAGUGUCCCUGGAACAGGAAGUGUUGCUCCAGUGUCGCCCCCCUGAAGGCAUCCCAUCAGCUGAGGUGGAAUGGUUAAAGAACGAGGAGGUUAUUGAUCCUGCUGAUGACAGGAACUUCUACAUCACUAUCGACCACAACCUGAUAAUCAAACAGGCUCGCCUAUCGGACACUGCCAACUACACCUGCGUGGCAAAGAAUAUCGUGGCCAAGAGACGCAGCACCACCGCCACAGUCAUCGUCUACGUAAAUGGUGGAUGGUCGACGUGGACAGAGUGGUCAGUGUGCAACAGCCGCUGUGGCCGUGGUUACCAGAAACGCACGCGCAGCUGCACCAACCCGGCGCCGCUCAACGGUGGUGCCAUCUGCGAGGGACAAGGGAUUCAGAAGCUGCCCUGCAACCCUCUCUGCCCAGUGGAUGGCCUGUGGACAGAGUGGAGUAAGUGGUCCACCUGUGGGACAGAGUGCACCCACUGGAGGAGGAGAGAAUGCAUCGCCCCGGCACCCAAAAACGGGGGGAAGGACUGUGAGGGCAUGGUGCUCCAGUCAAAGAACUGCACCGAUGGGCUGUGCAUGCAGAUGGCCCCCAGUACAGACGAUGUCGCCCUCUAUGUGGGGAUCGUCAUAGCCGUGAUCAUGUGCCUCGUUAUCUCCGUCGUCGUGGCGCUCUUCAUCUACAGGAAGAACCACCGGGACUUCAGCUCUGAUAUUAUUGAUUCUUCAGCUCUAAAUGGAGGAUUCCAGCCCGUCAGCAUCAAGACAGCCCGUAAAGCAGAUCUCCUGACAUCUCCCCCUGACCUUACAUCAGCAGCUGCCAUGUAUCGCGGACCCGUGUACGCCCUGCACGACGUGGCUGACAAAAUCCCCAUGACCAAUUCCCCUCUGCUAGACCCUCUCCCUAACCUCAAGAUUAAAGUCUACAACUCCUCGGGGCUAGUGACGCCACAGGAUGACCUGGGAGGAGAGUUUUCCUCUAAACUCUCCCCUAAGCUGCCACAUUGCCUACUGGACAACAACGAGGGCACAAUGGGCCGGCGCACACAGACGCAGACUCUGCUCCGCACCAGGGAUCCCUCCUGCACCGCUGUGGGCUCUUUCAGCUCGCAGGGGGGUCAUCUCAUUGUGCCCAACUCAGGGGUGAGUCUGCUAAUUCCAGCUGGGGCCAUUCCUCAGGGUAGAGUCUAUGAGAUGUAUGUGACGGUUCAAAGGAAAGACAGCAUGAGGCCCUUGGUGGAAGAUGGUCAAACAGUCCUGAGCCCUGUGGUGAGUUGCGGGCCCCCUGGGGCCCUGUUGACCCGGCCCGUCAUCAUCACCAUGCACCACUGCGCCGUGUGCGACGGCCAACAGGACUGGCUGAUCCAGCUUAAGAGCCAGUCACAGCAGAGCCAGUGGGAGGAUGUGGUGGUUGUAGGAGAAGAAAAUUUCACCACUCCAUGCUACAUCCAAAUGGAUGAGGAGGCGUGCCACAUCCUGACGGAGACACUGGGCACAUACUGCCUUGUGGGCCAGUCUCUCAGCGCUGCCACAACCAAGCGCCUCAAACUAGCCAUAUUUGGUCCCAUCAACUGCCCCGCCAUGGAGUAUCAUAUCAGAGUCUACUGCCUGGACGACACACAGGAUGCACUCAAGGAAGUUCUGCAGAUGGAGAAGCAGAUGGGUGGGAAAUUGUUGGAUGAACCAAAGACACUGAGCUUUAAAGACAGCACCCACAACUUGAGACUUUCCAUCCACGAUGUCCCCCACAUGUUGUGGAAGAGCAAACUACUCGCCAAGUACCAGGAGCUUUGCUUUCAGCAGGUAUGGAGCGGCUCACAGAGGAACCUUCACUGCUGCUUCACUUUGGAGCGCUUUUCUGCCGGCACAGUGGACCUGACCUGUAAGAUAUGUGUGCGCCAAGUUGAAGGAGAAGGGCAAAUUUUUCAGCUGGACACGACACUAUCAGAGGAUUCUCAGAGUAUCGACACAUCUCUGCUGGACCCUGCCAGUAACAUCACUACACUGGUGGGGCCAAAUGCCUUUCGCAUCCCUGUUUCCAUUCGUCAGAAGCUGUGCGGCAGCCUUGACGCACCGCAGACCAGAGGCAACGACUGGAGGAUGCUGGCCCACAAACUUAACCUUGACAGGUAUCUCAACUACUUUGCCACCAAAUCUAGCCCUACAGGAGUCAUCUUGGACUUAUGGGAGGCUCAGCAUUUUCCGGAUGGCAACCUCAGUCGCCUUGCCCAGGUUCUGGAAGAGAUGGGACGCCAUGACAGUCUUGUUCCUGCUGUGAAUGAGCACUGACAUCUGCUCAUCCGCUGAUGUGACAUUCCAGACAGGAAAAGGACACAGAAAGAGAAGAAGCGAGGGGGGACCCCCAAAAGCAGGACGCCGAUCUGGCCUCUUAGUGACUCGUGCUCAUUAACACUCGCUAAUGCUGCGUGAGUGUAGGCUCAAAGAAGUGAGAACAUAAAAACAGCCAGGUCUAAUCGGCCGUGACCCAAUUAAGCAUUGGCAACAAAGAGUGCAUAAACCUGGAGACUUCAACAAGAAUCUUUGCCAGUCACUUCUCUGGCUGUUAUUUCAUCUCUCUGGUACAACGACUUGAUAUUCUUGGCUCCUGUUUCCUUGGAAACAGCUGUCCAGUUAUUUGGAUGAGCUAUGCGGACAUGGACGGUUCCCUCACAGUAUACAAGUGUUACUGACACACGUGGGAGGUCAAAGAAUCAAAGACAGAAGAAGAAUCAAUCUCUCACUCCCCAAAAAUCACUUUUCCAAGCAAUUCCACGGACAAAGAUAUGUUCUCUGAUAACAUAGUAUUUAAUAACAUGUCUAUUUAUACGUAUAGUUUUUAUUUAAUUCUGCUUGCUGAUGGAAUUUUAAGAAGUGCUCUCAUUUGGUUGCGUGCUCUUUAUGUUUGGCUGUAUCAUAGCUCCACCUUGUGGACAGCUGAUGCCAUAUUGACCGGUCCUUCUAUCCAUAUGAGUACAGAAGGAACUCAGUCAUUAUUAAUGUCCCAGUUGUGACUAUUAAUAUGUUUUUACUUAUGUUACAUUUAUACUUUUUUUUUUUAUUUGUAGUAAUUUGCUUUGUGUUUUCAUUCUUCAUGAUGUGUUUGAGUUGCAUCUGGCAUAGUUGUUUUUUCAUUUUUGUUGACAUGUUAUUUGUCAUCAUUUAAUUUGGGUAAUUACUUAGUAUAUUUACCCGAGAGGGAGAGAUAAAAAAAAAAUGAAAAUAAAAUAUAAAUCGAUGUUUAUGAUUUUUAUGUUAUUGGCCUAUCAUUUACACUACAGACACCAACAGAGGAAGUAUAUUUUUGUAGGACCAAUGCAAUUGAAAAGAGCUGCUUUUUACCAAAUAACUGACAUAUAAUGUUUGACGUUAAAUGUAAUUGAGAAGGGGUCAAAUAGAUAAUGUCACUCCAUGUGCUCAGAUUGAUUGGUCAACCAUACAUUUGGACGAUGGAGAUCUUAACCCUGUCUUUGAUGUUCAUACAAUAAAUGACAGAAGCCAUGUUAUGAGGACAGUGAUUAUGUGCAUAAAAAAUAGUGAAAACUGUAAUUGUGACAUUCCUUUAAUGCAGCAGCACUUGCUCAAGUGUUUUUUGGUUAGUUCAUGUUUUCUUUUCUUUAUUAAUGGCUGUUGUUCCAGUUUUUGUAAAGCCGUCUAUGCAAACUCUGCAUCCUUUUGAAACAAUCUUUACAUUCUCAGUGGGCUAGUCUUUGCAUUCCCUAGUUGUUCUCCAGCUUCAUGAUUAUUAUUGUGUAUAGUGAGAAUGUAUCCUGUCUGUUUCUGGCAUUCAUGAUGUUCCUUGCAACAGCUUGCGUUUCAUCUGUCAAGUUAUUGUACAAAGUGUAAGAAAGAAUUUUUAAGACUAAUAAUAAAUUAUAUUUAUAUGCAACAUAAAAAACUGAGCAUGGUUGUUUGACUUGUGAGAUUGUUAAACACAAAUCUGA